AUGUUCUGCUUUUGCCUGCAAAGUUCACUGCUGAAGCUCCAGGCCCUGGAGGUGGAUGGGGGGCCAUCGCUGGGUCCCUCCCCAGAGGAGAGCCCUCCUCCCUCGGAGAGUAAGGAGCAGGGAAGCCCCGGUGUCCCAGGAAUCCACGGAGGAAAGGAGGCGAGGACGCUGGCUCUCUGUCACAGCUAUCCGGCAGACGAAAACAGCCCACCAGAACUUUUGACCGGUUUAACUAGGCCCCCACAGUCCCCCAAGAGCCAGUCACCCAAACACCAGCCCCUAACCCAGCUCCAGCCAAACCAACACCAGCCAGCUCAGAACCAGCCCCUGACAGCCGACGGAGGCCCCCCAGCCAGCCCUCAACACCCACCCUACUCCCCGCAGAGGAGUAGCCCCGGAGGAGAAAAAGAAGGGGGAGGAGGAGAAGGAGGAGGUGGUAGUGCUCUCCUUCACCUGCUAGCCGGUGGCCAUAGCCCUCUGCCCUCCCCACGCUGCUCCAGCCUCAGCCACAGUUUGCGGUUUAACACGGACCCAGACACCGCACCUUCCCCACCGUGCAGCCAGCAGUACAUCCUGGCCAGAGGUCAUGACAGAUUGGAGGAAGCAGUACAUGGGUGUCCUCCUUCUAUCCCUCUCCUCACCAGACACAUCCAAGCCCUGAAAAAGAAGGUCAGAAGGUAUGAGGAGCAGUUCGAACAGGAGCUGAACUACAAGCCGUCCCACAAUGACAAGUAUAGCAACCCAGAGAUGGUCAGAGUGAUGACAGACUUGGCUAAGGCCCGCAAGCAGCUCAAAGAGCUGAAGCUGAGACAGUCAGUGUUUGAGCUGAAUGAGCAGGGCAGUGAAGGAUCGGCUCUGGAUCACACUGAACUCUGCAGGUACAGCUCCGGUCAGCAGGUGGCGUCAGAACAGCACAAACCCACAUUAGAAGAAACGGUGGAGUCUUUGUUCAGAAGACUGAAAGAGAAGAGACAAGCACUGGGCCUGCCUGAUAAUAUGAAGGAAAUGACCCAGGGGCAGAUGGUGUUAGAGAAGAUCACCUUACAGAAAUGCCUGCUUUACUUUGAGAGCCUGCACGGUCGCCUGGGCACUGGGCAGGAGAGGAGUUUGGUGAAGCCUCUGUAUGACAGAUACCAGAUGAUCAAACGUCUACUUUGUGCCAGCCCCACCACCAUUACUACCAUAGAGGAAGAAGAAGGCUCAGAUGAAGAUUACGCAGCCCCCCAUCAACCUGUUGUGCCGCCUUGCAGUGUGAUGCAGUCAGUAGCCAAUGAGGAGGACAGCGACCAGGACACUGACCCCACCUUUGUGUCCCCGAUGGAUGAGGUGAAGGCUGUCCGUCAGCAACCUGCUGUCACCAUGGCCAAUCUCCAUGAAGCAUCGAGGUCUGAGUUGCUGCAGUGUCUGAGGGAGACGAGGGCAGAGAAAAGGAGGAGGCGCAAGGCUCUGAGAGAGUUUGAGGAGGAGUUCUACAGGCAGACUGGGAGAAUCUGCCAGAAAGAGGAUCGGGCCCCGAUGUCGGAGGAAUACCAGGAGUACAAACAUCUGAAGGCGAAGCUCCGUCUACUGGAAGUCCUUCUCAGCAAACAGGAAGUAAACAAACACCUCUGA